AUGUCUGAUAAGGCAUCUUCUUCUGAGCUUGUUCAUAAAAAUUCUGGAACACCAUCUAGUGCUAGUGAGCAAGAGCCAGAUAUUCCCUUAAUCCAACAAGAGCACAUCGAGCCUUUUGUUCUCAGUGAUAUCCAAGCGGAUGAUAGUAUUCAUAACGAUACCACUCUUGCAGUCGGUUGGCCUUCAUCUCCAACUAUGGAGAACCAAGCAGAUACGGUAGCCGCAGAUUGGUCUGACAGAAACGAUGAUCCUCAAGAUAAUAUGGGACCGACGGCGAUUGCCUCAACAGAUACAGAAGCCGAAGACUGGGAUAAUGUACCAACCACGGAUGAUGGAUCCUGGGAGUAUAUGCCAGCUAGAAAAGCUACCUUCACAGAAUUUGACAAGCGCUUCUUCCUUAUAGACUCGGUCGCCAGAAUGAAUCAGUUUCUUCCGGUGCUAUCAAGCAUCCAAAAUAGCCGGCGCCAAGAACUUUUCUGUGGCUGUAAAGGAAACGGAUUUGGAUUAUCAAGAGACGGAGCCAUCACUUACUUUACGAUGACCAUUAGGUCCCUGAAUACGACAUACACCUUUGAUGUACAAGUUCUAGGAGAUCGAGUAUUCAACAUGGUUGGCAACAAUGGUUUAUCAUUGAGGAUGAUUCUUGAAUCCAAGGAAUUUGGACAAGUUUGGUGGGAUGUGCGAAACGACUUUGAGGCGCUCUCUCACCACUACAAUAUUCAUCCGCACUUCGAUCUAGACCUUCAGCUUCUCGAUAUCAUGUCAGCUAGAGGUAACAGAGCUAGGUUAAAUAGCCUAAUGGCCUCUGUCCGCACAAACCAAGCCGGAGAGUCGAGAAUGAAUGACCCAACUAUGUGGCGCGGAUACAGUGGAACAUGGAGCUCAAAGAAGAAAGAAGUGAAAGAUUACCUUGACUGGAAUGGCUUUGAGGCGCUAGAGAUAAGACCAGUCAACUCAAUCGUACUUCUGGGUUGUCGCAUUGAUACAGAGAUUCUGCCAGAAUUGUUUGAUCAUCUACUGCAACGUCUUCAGGAGACCACUAAUGGAAUGAAGAUGGGAUCUCCAGAGCUGUUUCUUAAUAUUGUUCGAGGGGAAUCUUGGAUCAGAGCUCAUGCGGUAUGGUCAAGAGAGAACUCUAAUGUUUACGUCGCUGAUAUCUGUCGAGAGAUCAGGAAUCAUCCUAGGACUCGAUCACCACCAAUCUUUACAAUGUUACCGCAAGUUAUUGCGGGAAUUCGAGAGGAUGAGUAUAUGAUUGGCUUUGAGUAA